AUGGCGUUUUGGGUGGUUGGCGGGGAGGCAAGGCCAUUGUCCCAGGGCGAGGGCUAUGCCUUCAGUCCCGACCUCUAUGUUGUGGGUGGCAAAAGGAGGAUUGGUCACCCUGAUGAGAAUGGUUUCUACGACUAUCCCUACGCACACGACGACAUGCCUCCACACAAGAAAGCCCGGAUAUCGCACAUCCCCUCCGAAGCGCAACCUAACCGUUCGCCACGGGGUUCGGUACCCGUUCAGAACCUGUCUUUCUUGGUCAUCCGAGAGCAAGCAUCACCAUCACCUGAUCCAACCGACGCCGAUGUCAGCUCAUCGCAAAUGGAGCGAACCGCCUCCGGCCUCUCCAUUUCUUCGGAUACGAACAUCUACAGCGCCGAAAAUGACGACGAUUUGAGGCUCUUGGACGAUGAUGCCGCGGCCAGACUUGUUGAGGCCCGACUGCACCUUGGCCGGCGACGUACGAAGGACACUCAGCAUGAGAGAAUCCUGAGGUCUCUCAUCCGGCCACGGUCUCGGGAUGCCGAGUUCUCCAUUGACAACGCUGCUUUGGAGAGCAUCUUUUCUGCCGCAAAUGAAAUCUUCUUCCACAACAGCUUAUCGCAGCGUGUCACAUGGGACUGGUCUCAUGCAUCUAGUGCUCAGUACAAAGACCACAUCAUUGGCACUACGGCUCUUCGACGUUCCAAGAUGGGAGGCUUUGAGACCCUCAUCGUCCUAUCCAACCCAAUCCUCAAGAACAAGAACUACAACCGACGACUUCUCAUUUCUACCUUUUUGCAUGAGCUCAUUCACAGCUACCUCUUUAUCAAAUGCGGUGUCAAGGCUCGCGAAUGCGGCGGUCACACGGCAGGGUUUCGAAGGAUCGCAGAGCUCAUUGAUCUCUGGGCUGGUUCCGAUAACUUACACCUCCAGAACAUGGAAGCUGACCUGGAUCACUUUCGGGAGGAUGAAGAGUGCUUCCCGGCUAACGACAUGAGCUCCUUGAACGCGCCGUUCAGAGCCGUGUUUCCCGAGGUUCAAGAAUACCUCAUCCCCAAUCAUCAUACACACUACGACCACCAACAUUAUGAGAGGUCUCGAUAUCGAUCCCAAGACCGAUGGGAUUAUUGCAUCAAUGACCACCGUGGGUACUUCCCGGUCAGUCGGGGCAGCAGUCCUACCUCCACAAUCCCCACGACGACUGAGGGGGAUUUCGAAGAAGUGGAUCCUCUGGAAGAAGGCGAGAUCCGCGAGCCACGUGGCCGACGCUUAUGCCCGGACGACUAUGUGCCCAGCAGGCAAGUGUCGAGCCAUCGCGAACGAUAUUAUGAGUCACACGACAGGCCCAUCUCAUACGACGGGCGAUGGGCCUGUCCCGACGACCGGAGGGGAAUCGUCGCCCUAGCUUACGGCAACACCCCAAACUCGGUUGUCCCGUCAUACGUUAGGGGAUGUCGAGACGCAUCUCCUACCUGUGUAUAG